AUGCUGAGGCUCGUGUCGUCAGCCUCCCGGCCCUCGUCGGCGGGUGUGCUCGCAAAAGUCGCUGCAUCACCGUCGUCGACGCGCCCAGGCCGCAGGACGUUUGCCUCGACUUCGGCGCGCCAGGCGGACAUUACUCUUACUGUCGACGGGAAGGAGGUGACCGUGCCCCAGGGCUCUGCUUUGAUUCAGGCUUGCGAGGCUGCGGGGCAACAAUACCAAGAUUUUGUUACCAUGACCGACUGGCUAUUGCCGGUAACUGUCGAACGGUCACCAAAACCCGUCGCGUCAUGCGCCAUGCCCGCCAUGCCUGGUGCAAAGGUCUGGACAAACAGCCCACUCGUCCACGAGCUCGGGCGUCAUGGAGUUUCUUCUCUCAAACCAUCCACUCGACUGUCCCAUUUGGACCAGGGUGGUGAGUGCGACCUUCAAGACCAGUCUAUGCGUUAUGGCUCCGACCGGAGUCGCUUCCACGAGAUUGCCGGCAAGCGUGCUGUGGAGGACAAGGAUCUCGGGCCUCUUGUCGCCGGUGUGGAGGAGUUGGGCACGACUGGUCGUGGCAACGACAUGCAGAUUGGAACGUAUAUCGCGAAGACCAUGAACUCGGAGCUCUCUGGCAACGUGGUCGACCUCUGCCCCGUCGGCGCUCUUACGAGCAAGCCGUACGCGUUCCACGCACGUCAGUGGGAACUCAAGUCCACGGACUCUGUCGACGUCAUGGAUGCCGUGGGCUCGAACAUUCGUAUCGACUCCCGGGGUGUUGUUGUCAUGCGCGUCCAACCCCGCCCCAACGACGAUGUCAACGAGGAGUGGAUCAAUGACAAGACUCGCUAUGCGUACGACGGCCUGCGCUUCCAGCGUUUGACUGUUCCCCUGGUCAAGCAAGGUGACCGCUUCGUCACCACGUCGUGGGAGGAUGCUCUCGCCACCAUCGCCGAGGGCCUUGCGAAGUCCGGCGCGAAGGGCGAUGAGAUCAAGGCGAUUGCUGGCCACUUUGCGGACGCUGAGUCGCUCGUUACCCUCAAGGACCUUGUCAACCGCCUCGGCUCGGAUAACACUGCCCUCGACGGCGUCAACGGCCACGCCGCACCCAUCCACGCGGUUGACGUCCGCUCCAACUACCUUUUCAACUCAACCAUCCCCGGUGUCGAGCAGGCCGACGCCAUUCUCCUCGUGGGCACCAACCCCAGGCACGAGGCGGCGGUUCUGAACUCGCGUAUCCGCAAGAGCUGGCUGCACACCACGCUUGAGGUGGGCAUGAUCGGCGAGCGCGUCGACACCACGUACGGCUACGACUACCUUGGCAACGAUGCGAAGGCGGUCGCUGACUUCGUCGCUGGCAAGAGCGAGUUUGCGAAGAAGUUCAAGGCUGCCAAGCGGCCGCUCAUCAUCGUCGGCUCCUCGCUCGUCGAGCAUGCGGAUGGUGCGGCGGUGUACAACGCGCUCGCCAAGUUUGUUGACGCGAACAAGGAUAAGCUCGUCACUCCUGAGUGGAACGGCUUCAGCGUUUUGCAGCGGGUGGGUUACCUCUUCGUGUCGCUGCUUCUCGUCCUGCGGCGUACGACAUCGGCUUGUCGCCUCGAAGAAGGCUGCGCCACGAAGCCGAAGUUCGUCUACCUCCUUAACGCCGACGAGGUCGACCCCAAGGAUAUCCUGAGGGGCCUUCGUCGUGUACCAGGCCACCACGGUGACCUCGGUGCUCAGUACGCCGAUGUCGUCCUCCCUGGCUCUGCUUACACAGAGAAGGGCACCACGUGGGUGAACACCGAAGGCCGUUCACAACUGGGCCGUGCUGCCGUGCCUCCACCUGGCGCUUCCCGCGAGGACUGGAAGAUCAUCCGUGCUCUCUCUGAGAUCGUCGGCUCGCCGCUGCCCUACGACGAUGUCCUCUCGCUCCGGGAUCGCAUGUGGGAGAUCUCCCCCUCACUCGUCCGGUACGACACUACCGAGCCGACCUCUGUCGACGUCGCGCUCGCUGGCCUUAAGGCUCGCUGCGGGCACCGCCGGCGCCAAGGUCACUGGCGAGGUCUUCAAGAAGCCAUCGACAACUUCUACCAGACCGACCCCAUCUCACGAGCGUCUGUGACGAUGGCUCAGUGCACGCGUGCGUUUGUAAAGGGCGAGGACUACGCAUUCUCGGAACUUCCGGGAUCGCCUGAGGCCGCGUUUGCAUGA